CUUGAGUGCACUAAGUAGAGAUGUUUGCGCGCUAGAUGGUGUUUGAGGCCGUAUCGCUCACACUGUUGUGAUUACAGUUAGCUCUGUGGGCUUUUAUUUGAGCUUUUUGUCAUCCAAGUUGCUGACCAUUUACCAGUUAAUAUCUUAAGUGAACUUUGUCAUCACCUUAGAUCCUUAUCUAUUGGAUUUAUGGAAGCUUUCGAUGUAAUGGCUGAUGAAGAAAUCAAUUUAAAGGAUGCCCUUAUCCGGUCGCUGAAUGAGGAGGGUAUUUUACCAAAGCUUCAAGCUCAGUUGAAGGCAGCGGUUUACUUAGCUUUGGAGAAGCACAAUUAUGCAGAAGGAAUACCGUCUUUGAACCAGUCUGUCCGAUCCUUUUGGUCAACGGAAGAUGGCUUGAUCAUUGCCUCAUUAUUAGUCGACUUUAUGACUGUUAUGAAGUUCGAAAAUACAUUAAAUGUGCUGAAGCAUGAAGCUCAGAUGGAGCAAUUGCAAGUCCUAGAUGGUGAUACAUUGUUAUCUCUUUUACCUGUCAAAAGAACAUCAGAGAACUCUCCAGUGUUGCUGAGUUUGCUAGAAGCAUUGAAAAAUCUUCGAACCUCCAAUAUAGAUGAAACAGAUUCAUCUCCUUCGGUUUCCAACAAUUCGCGUAAAAAGUCGAGCAGAAUACCUGUCUUGCAGAGUCGUAAAAUGAGUCUACAGUCUCAAGCUUCUGAUGAAACAGUUGGCACUCCAAGUCAUAAGGUUAGUAAAUCAUCCAAAGCGAGUGAAUCCCCAAGGAUUCAUCAGGAUUCUGCAUUUCAAGAAACAAUCAAUAACUGCAAUAACAGGCUGAAUAUGCGUUCACCGACAUCUGGUUUUGCUGAUUCCUUGCAUCCAUUAACUCCAACUUCUCCAACCUCAGGAAAUGUUAGCAAGGCUGAAUCUAUUGGGAGACCGAAUUCUGGAUAUAUUUCUCCAUCAAUAGUUAGAGUGUAUGCACCUGUAAAAAAACAGUCCUCUGUAAAUGAUGACAAAUCAGAUGUAGACGAUGAAGACGACGAUAUUGAAGAGGUGCUAAGGACUGAAGAAUCGGUCGCAGAUGAUGCAGUCGACCAAACUGUUGAUUCGGAGCAGAGUCUGGGUCUAGAUUACGUGGAAGAAGUCCAACCAAUGCUCAGUCAUGUACCGCCAACACGUGCUGUUAAUAACUGAGUGGUCUGUAAUCAUACGCAUUGUUCGUAGCUCUUAAGCUUCUGAGGAUUUCCUUAUGCAUCACUGAUCUAUGAUUCAAAACGUAUUGUUAUCUAGUUUUUCUAAUGUUCCUUGUUUCCGGAAUUCCAAUCCACUCGCUUAUAUGGUUUUAGUGAUGUUUACAUUAAACAAACAAAACCGCGUGAACUGACAGCUUAACUUUUUGAUGUUCGCGUUUAAUUUUGUCAGUGUAUAAAAUACAUCACACUUCUCUACUGCUUGGAUAAACAUUAAAAGGAAAAACACGUUUGUUCCUACUUCUGUAAUAAUGGUUUACUGAUAAAUAGGUGCGUGAUACAAAUUUUGAGAUACAUACUGAAUUACGUAAUUGAUAGUGAGAUUUUAAAUGUAUUCUUAGAAUUAAGGCUUUUUCAAAUUAUUAGUUCAAAGGGACUGGUAAAAGCUUUUUAUAAACAGAUAAAAACUAUAAAAAAAAUCUAAUCAUGGUAGCGUACAUCCGGUG